UAAAGAUGCGUUCUAGUACUGCGCUGAUGGAUGGAUUACCAGUUCAGCAUUAAACUAUUUUUGCAAAGAUUGUUAGAUUUCUCACUUGCUCCGCCAAUAAUUAAUCAAUAAAAUAUGAUGAAUUCAGAAAUGAGUAGUAGUAUGCACUCGGGCAGACCCGAGAGCGAGUUCAGUAUAGAGUGUUUCCAGAACUAUACGGCUUCGGAAGUUUUCGUCCAGGGUUUGGCUGGUCUCGUGAACCAAACUGAUGUCGAAAUUGUGAUUAGAGCACAGAAACAAAUGUUGCAAAGGUUCGAGAAAACCAAUGAAAUGCUACUAAACUGUAAUGCUCUCAGUCAAAGCCGCCUCAAAAUUGCAGCUGAUGAUUUCAAAAAACAUACAAAACUGCUCAACGACAUGAAGAAAGACCUGGAUUAUAUUUUCAAGAAAAUCCGCAACAUAAAAUCUAAACUAGGCACUCAGUAUCCCAGCGCAUUCGCUGAAGCUGAUGCGAAAAACAAAACUGUUAGUUUUGAUGAAGAGGAUGAAAUAGAUACGGCUAGUCGAGCGGAAACGCUGGAUGAGUGUAGCAAUAGUCGAUCGCAAACCGCCACCCCUGUCAAAGUAAUUGUAGAUUGCAAGCAGCUACCGAAGGACACUACUGCGGUGAAGGAGAAAAAGAAAUCCUCUUUGAAUCAGGCCGUUGAGGACGGUGGAACAACCGUUGGUUACAUGAAAAUGGAACAGAGCCCGGAGAAUCGAAAGUCCGGCAAAACGACACCGAUUGAUCCCAAGCGAAGCUCGUUGUUGUCUACCAAUAGUAGCUCCACCGAUAACUCGAACGAUUCCUCAGAGUGUACAUCGGAUACUGGAUAGAGUCAUAUGCAUUCUGUGUAUUAGUAAUAUUUGUUAUUUAAAUAUAGUUUUAAUUAAAUGAUAACUUAUUGUUAGAUUUCUAAUAUGUGUCGUAAAGUUUACUAAAACUAAAAAUAUGUAAUACCCGUUGGCUGUUUUGAUAUAAUCAGAUAUGGCAAAGAUAAGAUAAUAAUAUUUGUAUUCACGAUAAAUUCUAUCGCAGGUCCCUAUUUAUUUGAAUAAAUUUGAUAGAGGGUUGUUUCAAUCGAUUCAAAUUUGAAG